AUGGAGAAAAAGGACAUGCCGCCAGAUCAAGACACACCGGGUCUUGACAUGGUGAAGAUGGGCUCUACCCCUGCCGCUCGUGAUGUCGACUUUGGCCAAGUGCUAGAGACCACAUCCACACCAGAGCUUGAGAGAAAGGUCCUGUGGAAAUUAGAUCUAUACUUGAUUCCGUUAAUGGGAUUCUGUUACAUGCUACAAUACAUGGACAAGUUGGCUUUAAGUCAAGCGACAUUAUUUAACCUGGCAGAAGACUUGAACCUCCAAGGUACUGAAUACAACUGGUCCUCCGCCAUCUUCUACUUUGGCUACUUUGCCUGGAGCUGGCCGAGUAGUUACCUCGUCGUUCGUCUGCCUUUAGGAAAAUAUUUGGGGAUGGCCGUUUUUGCAUCCAUUGCCCCUGGAUUUGCCUUGAUUACUGGCAUGUUCUACAAGCGAGAAGAGCAACCUGCCCGACAAGCUGCUUGGUUCAUUGGAAACUCAAUCGCCACAGUAAUCGGAGGUCUCGUCGCUUAUGGUAUUGGAUUGAUCCAUAACAACACAGUCAAUAACUGGCAGCUACUCUUCCUGAUUCUCGGUGCGAUUACUUCCGGAUAUGGGUUUAUCCUCAUUGCGUUCCUCCCUGAUUCGCCUGCCAAAAGCAUUUUCCUCGACAAGACCGAGAAAGCGGUUGCGAUACAGCGUACCCUUAGCAACAAGACUGGCGUCCUAGACACAGGAAAGUUCAGAUGGGGCCAAGUAUGGAUGGCCGUCAAGGACCCUCAGACAUGGCUCCUGGUGUUGUAUACGCUCUGCGUAAACUUCUGCAAUGGGGGCAUAACCAGCUUCUCCUCCAUCAUCAUAAAUGGAUUCGGAUUCUCAAAACUUCAGUCCCUUCUGAUCCAGAUGCCAAUCGGCGCAGCACAGCUAGUCUUUCUCGUUUUGACAUCUGGAUUCGCCACACUGGUUCGCCAGACCCGUAUCUUCAUGAUGAUUCUCAACACAACUGUUUCUAUGAUCGGCAUGAUUCUCAUCUGGAAAUUGGGUGCAGACAACCAGGCAGGAAAGAUGACAGGGCUUUGCUUGGGUGCCGUUUUUGCCGCAAAUAUUCCUCUGUCACUUAGCCUCAUCAGUUCGAAUGUGGCCGGAUUUACCAAAAAGAGCACCGUCAGCGCCUUGAUGUUCGCAGCCUACUGUAUUGGCAACAUAGUCGGUCCCCAAUUCUUCCUCCCCAAAGAAAAGCCAGUUUACGCGACCGGAAUUAAAGCCGCCAUGUCUGGCCUCAUCUUCGGAAUAUUCUUUCUUAUUUGUUUGUACGUAUACUAUGUAUACGAGAACAAUCGACGAGACAGAGUCUACGGCUCGACGGCAGAAUUGACUGAAAGAGAGGAAUUACAGGACGAAUUCUCCAACAAGACAGAUCAUGAGAUAGAAAGUUUCAGAUAUGUACUUUGA